AUGUUGGAAGAUAAAAGUGGAUCGGAAAUUUUUCGAAUUCUAUUAGCUGCCGAAAAACUUGGCCUUUACGAAAUCAUCACGCAUCUUCAACAAUUCUUAUUAGAUUAUCAUGUUGAUUGGUUAAAACGACAUAUUGAGACCGUAAAUCGUGCUAGUUUUCGAAACGAUUAUUUUCAGGUCCUUCAACAGUUUUGUACUGCGAAUGAUCCUGAAAAAGUGCUGAAUGCUAUUAAUUUUGAUUCUAUUUCUGAGAAUGCUAUGAUAUCUUUACUUAAACGGAACCACUUUGGAAUGGAUGAAGUUCAAAUAUGGGACCAUGUUCUUAAAUGGGGUUUGACACAAAAUCCAACGAUGUCAACUAUGGAUCCAACAAAGUGGAUAGAUAACGAUUUCAAAACUUUACAGGCAUCGCUUCAACAAUUUCUUCCGUUAAUUGGAUUUCAUGAAAUGACAGGACAACAAUUCUUUGAAAAAGUGAGCCCAUUUAGUAAAAUAUUUGAACCACGAGUCUACGAAGAAUUAGUUCAGUACUUUAUGUUGUCAGACAAGGAUGUUUCGAAUGAAUAUCUUGGACCAUCAUUUGGCUUUGACGAUAUUACGGUCAAUGGUGAGAAUUAUAGAGAAGAGAUGAAAUGUUAUUCAGGAAAUUAUAGCUAUGAAAAACCAAUUCGAUCUGAAGGGUAUUUUUUAGUUGAUGAAUAUGAAAUUUUUCAGAUUUCGGAAGUUUGA